AUGUCUGUCGUUUCAGCCUCGCAAGGUUUUAUGCUGAUAGGACACAUGUUCAACAUCCUCCUCAUGGGCGUCCUGCUGGCACAGGUGUAUAUAUACAUGGUUACGUAUCACAAUCAGACGCGACAAGUUUUGGUUAAAGACUUUUUAUGCCAUUUAACACUAGGCGUACCUUGUCUUAACAUGCUCUCUUAUCCAGUGGAUCUAGCAUACCUGGGCAAAAUCACGGCGAUCUUUGCUAUCUCUGGGGCCUUGACGGGUGUGAUAUCUGGUUCUGUGCAGUUAUUCUUCGCCUGGAGAGUGAAGAUCUUGACCUCGAACAUAUGGUUGGUAGCCAUAGUGUCCGUGACUGCACUGGCUGCUGGAUCCAUCGGUAGCACGAUCGAAGCCUUAAAGGUCGGCGGCUUCGCCCGCUUUCCGGACAUUAAGGGUUGGGUUAUUCUCUGGCUUGUGGGUUUGUCUGUCUCUAAUGUAUCACUCCCGUUCACCUUCCCAGGGUAUAAGAAUCACAAGACAGGCUUCCGCGGUUCUGAUGAACUAGUCGACCGAAUCAUUCGAUCAACUGUGCAAACGGGCGUGAUCACGACUGUUUGCGCCCUAAUUGAUUUACUCACCUACCUUCUGGACCCCACAGGACUCCAUCUAGUGUUCAACUUGCCACUCGCAAAGCUGUAUACCAAUACUCUUCUGAGUAGUCUCAACUCUAGAGGUGGCUGGUCGUACGAUUCCAAUUCAGAAUGGCAUUCCCAUACUACUGGCGGCAUUGUGUCUGGAGCUGCCUCCAGGUCAAAACAGGGCGUACGCUUCGGCACCACUACACAUCCCGAAGUGUUUGUAACCGUUGAGCAACACGAGAUGGGGGAUGUCUCCUUGCAGAAGCCAGACCUGGAUUUCGUCGACAGAGACAUUAAAGUGGAUCCUUCCUUUGACGGAUCUCACCCCUGGAAACAGGACAACCAAAGAGUUGGACAUACCAUUGUGUAG